UGCGACUAGUCUGGUCUUCCUUUCAGUGCCCGCUGCGCCUUCUCGGCCGCCCGCCGUGUUGCAGAGGCGACGCGCGCAAUCCUCACUUUUCACAUCUUAAAAUUUCACUUUUCGCCCCAUUUGAGAAACGAUGGGUAAGAGGGACGAGGAGGAUAUCAUUCGUAUGGCGAAGAAGUUGGAGAAGAUGGCACAGAAGAAGAACGGGGCAGGAGCUCUGGAUCUGCUGAAAGAGCUUAAGAACAUCCCAAUGACCCUUGAACUGCUACAGUCGACCAGGAUCGGGAUGUCCGUCAACGCCAUUCGCAAGCAGAGUACGGACGAGGAAGUCACAUCUCUGGCCAAGUCGCUCAUCAAAUCUUGGAAAAAGCUGCUUGAUGAGCCGGGAGGGGGGGACAAGCUGUCAGAGGACAAGAAGAAGGAGCCCACCACUCCGACUGUGUCAUCCUCACAGAAUAGCCCUGAGCCCCGAGAAGAGAGCAGCUCCAGCAGCAACUCGAGCAGCAGGAGUGAGCCAAGCGACAGUGCCCACAACACGCUGAUCACCACGUUCCCGCACGCUCCCAGCACCACAGACCCAAUCCGGAACAAAUGCAGGCAGAUGCUUUCCAGUGCCUUGCAAGCAGGCAAUGACUACAUUGCCAUUGGUGCUGACUGCGAUGAGCUUGGAGCUCAAAUUGAGGAAUGCAUCUUCCAGGAGCUUAAAAACACCGACACAAAGUACAAAAACCGGGUGCGCAGCCGAAUCGCCAACCUCAAGGACCUAAAGAACCCCAACCUUCGCAGGAACGUGUUGUGCGGAAACGUGCCUCCUGACCGCAUGGCCAAGAUGACCGCAGAGGAAAUGGCCAGUGACGAAUUGAAGGAGAUGCGCAAAAACUUGACCAAAGAGGCCAUUCGAGAGCAUCAGAUGGCCCGGACGGGAGGCACUCAGACCGACCUCUUCACCUGUGGGAAGUGCAAGAAGAAGAACUGUACCUACACCCAGGUUCAGACUCGCAGCGCUGAUGAACCGAUGACCACGUUUGUCUUCUGUAAUGAAUGUGGCAACAGAUGGAAGUUCUGCUAAUUUGAAUACGGGAGUCCUCCCGAAACGGAGAACACGCAAGACUCCUGGACCAGGUCUGCAUUUUGUACCAGCAUUUCUAAACAAAACGAGUUUGGAGCUUUGCUUCUCGUGGAACCAGGUGGACAGAUGGCCACAUGACAAACACGUGUUUGUAUUAGAAACCAUCACAUCCAACAGUCCUGUCUCCUGUAUUUUAAGUCUACAUUAGGGUUAUCUGUCAGACUGCAGACGAUGUUAAUGUUUUCUCUUUUUGUUUUACUUUUUUAUAUGUAGUUUGACAUUAAAUUUUUGACCAAUGCUUACUGCUCUGCUCUGUUUUAUUCUGAGAUGAGAUUAAAUUUAUUUUACUAAUUAGUUGCUAAGCAGACACUUCUUUGCAAAGUGGAUUGCAUAGCUUAUAGUUUUACACUUCUUAGAGGUGGGUAUUUUUACAAAAGAAAAUCAGCAGUUUUUGGUCACAAGUCAAGGUUCUUAACCACUAUACUGUUAAUAGCAUUUUUAUUUAUCUUUUUAUUUUAUAUAGGAAAGUUUUAGGUGGGCCUUAUGGGAAACCCGAUGAAUAUUUGGCUUUGUGGUAAUUGUAGGCAAAAAACAUUUUGUCCAUGCAUUGUGAAGUUCUGGAAAGUGUUUUUAAAUAAAAUGUAUAGUUGAAUGCGAACCAGCCCCCAAGGGUCGUGAUCACUAAGUGAUAUAGGGAAAUCAGUGCAAGCCAUUAAGAAUCAGGGUUUUGAAAGGAUACAUACUUACAGGCAGUGGUAGAGGA